CCGGCUUUGUCAAUUUCGGAUUUCCAUGCGCCAUCUCCGGUCCUUUCCCUUUCCAAGUUCCCUCCUUUCCUUUUUCUCUCCUUUGGGAGGAUAAUCUCAUUUUGAAGGAAAAACUAAGCUCUCUCUAAGUUCAACAAGAAAAAUCUUCUUUGCUUCCAUGUCUUAAACUCCGAGUUUCUCCUCUUCUACAAGGUUUGCUUAUAGUAGGAGAGUUAAGGGGAAGCCAAGAGAAGCAAUGGCUUCCAAGAAAGAGCUCGGCCAAGAAGAACCGCAGAGGCCUUUGGUGGGAUUUGAAAAAGUUGCAGGAGAAAACAAAGAAAGCUCCAAAACGGAGUCUGAAGAGAACAGCUCAGAUGGCUCAUGUCAAAACUCUCCAAGAGGAGUUUUAGAGACUCCAACAUCAAGUGUUCAUUCUGACAGUGGAAGCAGCAAUGAGAGCUCAUCCUCCAUAGAUAGAUCACUAAGUCCUGAAGGGACUGUACUGGAAUGUCACAGUUCUCAGUGGAGAAAUCUGAUAGGUGGGUUAUUGCAGAGGAAGAAGAGAAGUAUCAUGAGGUUGUCGACCUUUCCGCCAGCCAUGAAAGCCUCAUGCUUGGAGAGGAAGUGCUUGGGGAUUUCUCAGAGCGGCGAAGAACAAUCCAAGGGUGGAUUAGUUCAGCUGGAGAUUCCUAUGAGGAAGCCAUGUUGGAGGAAUUUCGAUCAUCAGGAGCUUGUGGUGGCGACAGAUAACUUUAGUCAUGAGAAUUUGAUUGGAAAGGGAGGACAUGCAGAGGUCUAUAAAGGCUGUCUUCCUGAUGGCCAACUAGUGGCUGUGAAGAGGUUAACUAAGAAAGACAAAGAAGAAGAGAGAAUCGGCGAUUUCUUAUCGGAGCUCGGAAUCAUUGCCCAUGUUAAUCACCCAAAUGCUGCACAGCUUCUUGGAUUUGGAGUUGAGGGAGGCUUGCAUAUGGUUCUCCAAUUCUCUCCACAUGGAAGCUUGGCUUCUGUGCUUCAUGGUAUAUUAUUCAUGAAGGUCAGGUUUGAGAUUGCUUUGGGAAUAGCAGAAGGGCUUUGCUAUCUUCAUGAAGGAUGCCAAAGGCGUAUAAUCCAUAGAGAUAUCAAAGCCUCCAAUAUACUUCUCACUGAGGACUAUCAACCUCAGAUCUCAGAUUUUGGCCGCAAAUGGCUUCCAGACAAGAACCAUCAUGUUGUGUUUCCCAUUGAAGGCACUUUGGAGAAGCUUGGUGAAUGCCUGAUAGAUCCUUCAUUGGAGAUGAUUCUGAUUCUGAAACAACUGAACUUUAAUUCUGUAGCUACAAUGUGCAUUCAUCAUAUCUCAACUUCCAGGCCUAGCAUGAGUAAUGUGGUUCAGCUUCUAAGGGGAGAAGUAGGAACACAGGAGUUAUGGGGAGAUUCGAAGCCAAGGUCGCCGUUACUUGAUGCCUGUGAGUUUGUAGAUUAUACUUGUUCGAGGUAUCUAAGUGAUCUCCACCGGCACAAGCAGCUGGCAUUGGAGCAAUGAAAUUAGAUAUAGGGGUUCUGUAAAGGUGUUCAAAUGGUGAUUUUUAACUGUUGUUGUAUUGUGUUUGUUUAUAAGUCUUGCAAAGAAGGAAUAGCUCAAGUCA